AUGCUCUCACGACCCGCCCUCCGGUCACUGGCGCUCGCUGCCCAGACACGCUCCGCCGUGUGGUCUGUCGCAGCGCCGCGGCACUUCUCCCGCCCCGCCGUUCGUCCCGCCCAGCGACCGACACAUAGCCGCCAGGCGAGCCUCGGCCGGCGGCCGUACUCGAGCUCCAAGCCCCCCUCGCCUCCGCCGCCGCACUACUCCUCCCAUGCGCCGAAGCCUGAGCGGGAAGAGCGCCUGCGUUUGCCGACCGAUGUGCCCCCGAUCGGCGAGCGCCUCAAGCCCCUCAUCCCCUUCCUUUUCUGGUGGACCGUGAUCACGUCUCUGGCAGUGCAUCUUCUGCGCAAGCGGAAGGCGAACGAGGAGGAGCUCGCGCGUUUAAAGGCUCAGCAAAGCGUGCUCGAGGACAUGAUCGCAAGCUUCGCGCGUGGCGAGCCGCUCUCGGACCAGGAGAUCCGGCGUGAGCUUGAGAUGGUCGGCCUCCGCCGGCGCAAGCUUACGCUUGACCCGGACGCUCUCGAGCGUGUGAGGCAACAGGUUGGCUCUGGACCGGCACUGGCAGAGUACGCGCGGGAGAAGCUUGCCGAGCAGUCUGAAGAGGGCGGAAAGGAGGGCGACGCGGAGAAGCCGGAUCUCAGUGAGCUCCGCAAGGUCUCAUGGCUCGAGGUGCUCCUCGGCCGACGAAGGGGCAAGAAGGCGGAGGACACGAUCACGGAGGAUGGCGAGAUUGUCAAGCUUCUUGCGGAGGGCAAGAGCGAGGAGGACGCGAAGGCUAUCGCAAAGGAGCGCGUUGAGAAGAAGCAUGAGGAGGACGCCGUCAAGGAGUGGACAGAGACUCAACCGGAGCAGCCACCGCAACGCAAGGGUGUCGCGAAGCGCGCGAGCAGUGCGAGCGUCUACAUGUAG